AUGCACUCAUAUCUUGGUCGUUGGCCAACAGUGGUCACAAGAUUUCUUAAUUUUAAUGCAGUCCGAUUAGUAGCAAAUAUUAGUUUAAAUACAGCUUCUAAGAAAUUUGAUUCGAUUGAAAAUGAAAAAAUACGACGAGAAGAAGAUUAUGAAUAUGAAUAUAAAGAUCAGCUUGAUAUAUUGAGAAGACAUGAACGUUUAACUGUUGAUUCCACAAAUCCACAAUAUAUGACCGCUGUAUUCAAUGGUGAAUUUAAUCGUGAUAUAUUAACUUAUCCAGAAUUAUUAACAAAAACAGAGUCAAUUGAGAUGAACAAACUGAGUGAAUGUUUAAAAACGUUUACCAAUAAAAUUGAUAGAAAAAAAAUUGAAAGAGAAAAUCAUAUCGAUAAAGAUAUAGUGAAAGAAAUGAAAAAAUUAAAAUUAUUCUCUCUAGUUAUUCCGGAAGAAUUCGAUGGUUUAAACCUUAACAGUCAGUUAUCUAUCCGGAUAUUUGAAGAAUUAGCCGUUAACCCAACAAUCACAACAAUGCUGUUAGUUCAUACGGAAUAUGCAGUAAGAAGUAUUCUACUCUACGGCACGAAUAAUCAACAGCGUUAUUAUUUACCAGAUUUGGCGAGUGGAGAAUUAGUGGGUACAGCAUGUAUCACUGAAGCUCAUUGUGGUAGUGAUAUACGAGCGAUUGAAACCACUGCCAAACCUAAAAAACAUGAUGAGAAAAUAUACGUUUUAAAUGGAAAGAAAAUGUGGAUAACGAAUGGUGAAAAUGCGGGUUUAUUUCUUGUUUAUUGUAAAACAAAUGACAAAAUAACACAUAAAGACUACGAUGACCGUUUUUCAUUUUUUCUUGUUCAUCGUGAUAUGGACGGUGUUAAAAUUUCACCAACAAUCUCUACAUUAGGCUUACGUGGUCUUGGUUUAACACAUAUUGAAUUUGAAAAUGUUGAAAUAGAUUCAACGCAACAUUUAAUUGGUCAAUUGGGUGAAGGAUUGAAUAUUCUAAGAAAUUUACAUGGCUAUGUGCGAACAACAUUGUCUGGCAUGUGCGUAGGUGUAGUGAAAAAGUUGACUGAAUUAACUGUUGAACGUUGUAUUAAACGUGAAUCAUUUGAUCGGAAAUUAAUCGACAAUGGUCUGAUUCAAAAGAAAUUAUUUCAGAUAGAAUUGGAUACAUACGGAAUGGAAUCAAUGACAUAUUUAACAAGUGGAAUAUUAGAUUCAUUUUCAAUGCCCAUUAUUUCAAUUGAGUCGGCUAUUACGAAAAUAUUUUCAACCGAUAAAUUAUAUCGUAUUGCAACUGAUUGUUUAGAAAUCUAUGGCGUAGAAGGUAUUGAAAUUGGUCAUCCAAUUGAACAAUAUUUACGUGAUAUAAGACCAUGGUCGAUGUUUGAUGCACCUAAUGAUGUACUGAGAUUAUUAACAGCUUGGGAAGGUGUUACAAAUGUCAGUUCGAAGUUAAGUGAUUAUGUAAAAAAAAUACGUAAUCCAUUCGAUUUUCCUGCUUUGACUAUAGCAAAUGUUUUAUAUGAAUUGAAAGAGAAGGCAGAAAUAUGGCGAGUACCAUUUACGUUUAAACAUGAUCUGUGGAAAUGUGUACAUCCGUCUCUUGGUGUACCAUCAAAGGACUUGGAAUAUGCCAUAUUUGUGUUACGAAACACAACGAAACAAGCUGUAGUUAAAUCUGGAAGAGAUAUCAUAGACAAUCAAUUCUAUCUGAGACGUUUAGCAGAAAUUGCUAUAGAAAUUUAUGGGAUGACGGCUAUGUUGGGGCGUGCAUCGAGAUCAUAUUCAGUCGGACUGAAGAACUGUGACCACGAAAAGGCACUAACGUUUUCCUAUUGUACACACGCUAGAGAGCAUGUAACGCAAUUAGAGAACGAAAUAAACCAAAAAGAACAUUCACUUGGUGAUGAACAUAUGCAACAUAUAGCAAAACGAAUGUUAAAAGCGAAAGGUUAUACUGUGACAACACCAUCAAUUAUCGUCUUUUAUCUAUUUUUUGUUUCUCGUUUUUUGCAUAAAAUGGGGCGAUUGACACCUGAAAUCAUAGAAGGUAGUCCACAAUAUUUGAAUCCGGUUGGUCAAUAUGAAUUGAGUUUAAGAGAUUUAAAAAUACCGGUUAUAGAAAAUCUUGGUUGUACGCUGAAUCAAUUUGAUACAAUUGAUUUUACAAACAAUGAUCUUAGAAAAUUAGUAAGUCUUAUAUACUUAUACAGCAGUGCAAAAAAUCGAAUUGUUGAGGGUCUUCAUCAAUAUAUUCCAAAUUUAGAUACAAUUAUAUUAUCAAAUAACAACAUCCAAGAAUUAAGUGAUAUUGAUCCAUUGGCAUCGUUAACAAAACUAACACAUAUAAGUUUAACACGUAAUCCGAUUGCCAUGAAAAAAGAUUAUCGUCUAUAUGUAAUACAUACAUUGCCAAAUAUUCGAACACUUGAUUUUAAUCGUAUUCGUUUAAAGGAAAAAGAAGCUGCACGAAAAAUGUUUAAAACCAAAAGCAAAGAAGCUGCAAAAAAUAAAAAUAAAUCAAAAACAUUUGUUCCUGGAGAAGGUUUAGAUGGUAAACCACAACAACAAACAUCACAAACACCGAAAAUUAGCAAAAAAGAUACAGAAGCAAUUAAAAAAGCAAUUUUGGAGGCUAAAAGUUUUGAAGAAGUUGAGAAAUUAAAAGCAAUUUUACAAUCAGGUCAAAUACCAUCGGAAUUAACUGGCGAAAAACAAAAUGGGCAUGGUGAUGAAACAAUGGAACAAGAUGAAGAAGAAAAUCAACAACAACAGCAAGAUGACGAAAAACAACAAUCAGUGGGUAAUGCGAUGGAAGUAUGA